UAGGUGUGCAAAGGUAGCUCACCGGCAAAAACGAUGUUUGAUCGCCCAUAGAAUAUUACCUUGUCUUUUCUUCCACCGUCUCGGCUACUUAAGAGCCCAAACUCCCCGGUCUUCCUCCCCACGCUCCACGGUUGCAGGAAAACAAACAACUCCGAAUCCAAAUACUUCAUUCCUUGUCAGUUAAGCAAACUGACAACACUAAACCCCCUGAAAUGGCCAGAAGGAGAAUGAAGAUAGGCCUCGUUGCUGUCCUGGUUGUGGCAGCAGCAACCCUCUGGGCCGGUGCGGCGGCGCAGUCGAGCCUGGACUGUACCAACGUGCUCAUCAGCAUGUCCCUGUGCCUCAACUACAUCAGUGGAAACUCGUCCACCCCGUCCUCCAACUGCUGCUCACAGCUCGCCAGCGUCAUCCGGUCACAGCCCCAGUGCCUCUGCCAGGUCCUCAAUGGGGGCGCCUCCUCCCUUGGCAUCACCAUUAAUCAGACCCAGGCCAUGGCCCUUCCUGGCGCCUGCAACGUUCAGACCCCAUCUGUCAGCCUCUGCAAUGCUGCUUCUCCUGCCGGUUCUCCUACUCGAACUCCUCCCACAGUUCCUUCAGGAACUGGAUCGAAUACUGUUCCAUCCACAGAAGGAGACGGCUCGUCAGACAGAACAUCCAUGAGGCUCUCUGCUCCACUCUUCUUCGUCCUGCUCUUUGCUGCUUCAUAUGGCUCCACCUGGUCGACCUACUAAAAUUGCACUUUUGCACACCAACAGAUAUGUUUAUGCAUUCUUUAUUUAUAGUUAGCUUGAGUUUUGAACCUUUUCAAGAGAGUUGUUGAUUUCGUACAAUUUUUGGUUAGCCCCUCGAGGGCUGAUACAUACACCGAAUUGUAUUGCUGAAGAGAAUCUCUUCUCUUCCCAUUGCUUAAUAAAAUUUUAUCUAUGGUUGUC